AUGCUGUCGAAUUUGCCCGUGAACUCAAUGGUGCUGGACGAGAAUUCCUUGAUUCGGUACUUUAAGCAAGCGAUGCCUAACGAUUGGAAGAGACACUACGAAGGUAGUGGCAUUAGCUUGACGCAUAUGCACCAGACGGUUCAGUAUUUCGAACAACUCGAGCAGUCUGAGAGAUGGCAACACAAGGAGCACGGGGUCCGACAGAAACCCGGUAAACAGAACAGUCAAAAAGGCGGUAAUGGAAAUCGUGACCAUAAUCGUAAUUUCCAACGUUCUAGGAAUGAAAUCCACUAA